ACAUCUGGAAAAAUAUUUUCCUUACAAUUAACUCUUCAAGCAUUGUCAAAUCCCCAUUAUUCGAUAUAUGGAGCAAUUUUUUGCCUGUGAUAUUGGCAAGCAGAACCAUUGGCUUUAAUUCCCGCCACACAUUCUCGUGCACACUUCAAAUGUCGAAUCGAGUACAUUACCUGCUGUCACUAUCUACUCCCUCCCUUUCUGAUGUACUCGCAUGAGCGAUGAAGCUUGUGUUCGCGGUAGUCACUCGUAUAUUGACUGUCCGUACAUAUAUAUAUACCUAGCUAACGCUAAGAAACUUACCCAGUCGUGUGCGGUCUGUCACCAUUUCACGUUAAUUUCGGCUCGUUAUUCUUAUUAUCCUUCCACUUCUCAGUGAAAAACCAGAAAAAACUCAGCAUCUUGCAAAAUCGACGAGGAUUACAUAUUCAUUGUUCUACGUUCAUCGACCACUCAACGAUCUCAGACGGAAAAAAGUUGUCAAUCUCUCGAAUGAUUACCUUAAUAAAUCUGUCAAUGUGAGACUAAACCCUGAUUACACGAUUGCGGAAAUGCCGGCAAUAAUUUCCAGUGGAAUUCAAGGACAACACAGAUGAGUUAUCAAAGAUAAUUUAUUCUCGAAACCGCGAAAUUUUUCAUGGUGGAGCUACGCACGAAUUCCCAUCGACAUCAAUUAGUGAAAUCUAUUUAUCAUCAACUUGCAGUGCAAGCGUGCGAUUUCCGAAUUAUUUUCACAUUUCCAAGAUUGGAGAGAAAUUCGUAAAGCAUAGGAUAUAGAUAACGUACAGUGCAGGUCACUGCACAAUCGUCGUCAUUAUCUCUUUGUAUAUUUGCAGACGGCAGAAUUUAUUUGAUUUGUUGACUGCAGGAUUGCGCGAUUCAUUUGGAUUUUUCUGAUAAUCUUGUAAAUCAUACCUGAACAACUUUAAUAAUCCGCUGAUAAGUCAUUAUCGCGUUAUAUUAUAAAUGUAAUCUUUAAGAAAAAAAAAGGCAAUACGAAUCCCUCUGUAGAACUUACGGGUUCCCGCUCGAUCGAAACUCACGUGAGCGCUUCGUGCUCCAUGAAAAGGAGAAAAACAGAAAGAGACGAAGAGAAAAUAAAGAUCUUUAGAUAGACGAGAGUUGAAACCAAAAUACUAAAGUAAAACAUUGAGUUAAACAAGAUUGAUAUUUCAUCUGAGCCGAGUGAUAAUGUGAAUCUGGUAUACUUCAACGUCGUCAGAGAAAAAAAUAAACGUUCUUCGUAAAUCAAGCAACAAAUUUUCGUUCGUCCACGUCUCAAUACGCAAAAGAUCGCCAUGGGUCGAGCGGAGAAAGAACUGUCGGACAAUCCCAUGACAGAAUUCAGUAGCAGCACGAAAAUAGCUCCGAAUAUCGGCGAGUAUAAAGAAAAGGAUGAACUGUACGAUCCAUUCGAGCAUCGUGAUAAACAACAUGCAACCUCAGAUUUGGGCUCCUUGGCACAUCUCCUGAAAUCUUCUCUAGGGACGGGAAUCCUGGCCAUGCCACACGCGAUAAAGAACGGUGGACUACUAUUUGGCGGCAUCGGUACGAUUAUAAUUGGCUUUAUUUGCGCCCAUUGCGUGCAUAUACUGGUGCGUACGUCUCAUAUACUCUGCCGACGUACUAAGACGCCGCAACUGACGUACGCCGAAACGGCGUACGCGGCCUUUCUUUGUGGACCGAAACCGCUCAGGCCUUGGGCCAACGUCAGCAAGAUAUUCGUGAAUACGGCGCUGUGCGCGACAUAUGUGGGCGGCUCGUGUGUUUAUGUCGUGUUUGUUUCUAGAUCCCUUCAGCAGAUCGUGAAUUUUAACAGCGGAAAGACCUUAGAUAUUGAAUUGUUCAUUUACUCAUUGAUCCCAGCAUUGGUGCUGCUCGGUCAAGUGCGCGAUUUAAAAUAUAUGGUGCCAUUCUCAGCACUAGCGAACAUCUUCAUGAUAACCGGCUUUGCGAUUACGCUCUACUACGUCUUCAGCAACAGCAACCUGCAUUCGUUCAGCAACAACAAGCUGUUCGCCUCGGUGGAUCAGCUGCCCCGUUUCUUCGCGACUGUGAUAUUCGCCAUCGAAGGUAUCGGCGUUGUGAUGCCCGUGGCGAACAACAUGAAAUAUCCACAUCAUUUCCUCGGAUGUCCUAGUGUACUUAACAUCACGAUGACGAUAGUCGUGAGUCUAUACGCUAUGAUGGGAGUGUUCGGUUUCGUCGCCUUCGGCGAAGAUGUACAACCCAGCAUCACGUUGAGUCUGCCGACGGAGGAAAUUCCGGCCCAAGUGGUGAAGGCCCUCAUUGCUUUAGCUGUUCUCUUUACUUACGGUCUACAGCUCUUCGUGCCGCUCGAGAUCAUGUGGAAUUCCAUAAAGCACUUGUUUAACCAUAAGUUCCUGACCUUGGGCGAAACGGUGAUGAGAAUAUGCAUUGCUAUGCUAACAGUGGUUCUCGCGCUGUUGGUGCCUGAUUUGGAUCCGUUCAUUUCUCUAGUCGGUGCAAUAUUCUUUUCUAUCCUCGGCAUCAGUAUCCCAGCUGUCGUCGAGACGAUUUCGUGCUGGGAAAGCCAUUUGGGUACUUUCAACUGGCGGUUAUGGAAAAACUCUGUGCUAGUUAUAUUCUCGUUAUUAGCGUUAAUAUUUGGUACAUGGAUCUCAGUGCAAGAUAUAAUCAGCCUUCGAAACAAAUAAAUUUUAGUAUUUUAUUUACUAUUUUAUUUUAAUUUCUUAUACAAUUGGAACUCCAGUGUCGACAAGAAACGCAACGAGGUUUUUAAUGGAACAACUAAUUAGCACGAU